GUUUGCCGAAAUAGCAGAAUGCACUGCAUGAUUGGUUUGUUUGUACGUCAAGACCCUCAUUGCAUGAUUCAGACUAUCCUGCCUCCUGUGUUCCAGCAUAUGUACAAGUCGAACAAUCAAAUCAAACACGUAGUAAUGAGCAGUGACAUUUAGGACUAAGAAUGAUACCAGGAACACUGUGGAUUAUUGCAACGGCUGGCAUAUGCUUAGGCAUUCAGAGUGCAGUUACAGCAGAUCAUUUGAGGACUAUGGAGCUCUUUAUAACAGCUUUCCACCACUUAGAAGAUUUAAACCCAAGAAUGAGUUCACUGGCUUUAGUGACAAGUCUACACAAGAUUGCAAGUGAUAAUUUCACGUACAGUUUGGAGUCAUACGACAAUCACACUGCUAUUCACUCUUCAAACUCCAACAACAGUUUUAUCCCUCAGCUGCUGAAUAUGAACAGAAAGCUCUUCAAUUUCUUUAACCAUACCACUCACCAUUUUAUAACAGACGGUCACGAGGAGAGGGGAGUUGUCCUGACUCCUGAUGGAACGACUGUUGCCCUCGCUCCCCUCCUUCAUGGUAUUGAGCUUGGCCUACAAGCUAAGGAGGACAGUAACCAGACUCAUGGUUUCUACCUACUCCCAUUGGCCAAGAGCCUAAGCUUGUCAUUUCUGCAGUUUCAGAAUUCAACAAAGUUUGAGUGGCUUGGCCCUGAUGGUUGUUGGGACAAUGUAUUGGCUCCUAUAGUUUUCACUCUUGCAGGGGUACCAUCUUUGGCCACUGAUGCUCUGGUCCAUGGAGGAAUGGAUGGAGCCAUACUAGGGAAGCACCUUUCUGUUGUUAAUAGCUAUGAAAUAAAAUUAAGUGAAAUGCUGAGGAGCUAUUACUCAGGCAGCAUGGAGGAGUUGGGUCACUGUGAUACUGCUCUGAGAGGCCGCUAUCGCAGACAGAAUUUUCAAAAGAUUACGAAUCCAUCAUUGCUUCAAGAGAAGGUAGCAGAAGCAUUACAAAUGAAUCGACAACAAGGGGACACUGUGGUGGAGAAUAUUACAGAAGAGGGAAUUAAAGAAUUUGUGUUGCGAUAUAUGGACUGCCCUGCUAUCAUUCCGAGAUGUAUGUGGGGAGCAGCACCGCCCAGUGUUCCCCUCGUUCCUCUGUCUCCAUCCCUACCUUUUCUGUAUAUUCACCACACAGCGAUUCCCAGCCAACCCUGCCUAAACUUUCAGAUGUGUUCCACAAAAAUUAGAGCAAUUCAACAAUUCCACCAGAAAGAUCGUGGUUGGUACGACAUCGGCUACAGCUUUUUGGUUGGGUCAGAUGGGUACAUCUACGAAGGUCGAGGUUGGAUGUCACAAGGGGCUCAUACUAAAGGACGAAAUACUGUAGGGUAUGGGGUUGCUUUCAUCGGGAACUACGAUGCCCAUUUACCCUCCAAUUACACAAUGGAGCUAGUGCGCCAUCAUCUGGUCAAAUGUGGAGUGCGGAGUGGAUUCUUGCAGGAAAAUUUCACCAUGCUGGGUCACAGACAAGUAGUAGACACAGGGUGCCCAGGGGAUUCCCUGUAUGCUGAGAUAAAAACUUGGGAACACUACAGAAAUAUGGAUCCUUUAAAGUAACAAUGAGGACAUCUGCUGUCACUGACAUGAUAUGACAAGGCUUACAGUGCAUGACUUUGUUUUUUCACAGGCUGUGAUCAUACCACCACUUAACCCUUAAAUAUAUGGCUAUUUUGCCAAACAUUAUUACAGUACAUCCCUCGGAUCUUUAGUAACCCCGCACUUGUAUUUAUCACAAAUGGAUCUACAAAAUCCCCAGAUGGUGUAACCUUGU